AUGGUGACUGUCAUCGAGACGGCUGGCAUCGUGCUCGCUAUUCUUCCCUUGGUUGUAAAUCAACUUGAUGCAUACGUCCAAGGCAUCCAGACUUUGCAAGGGCUUCGGACUAAGCGCUAUCGCCGACGCAUCGAGGAUUACUCCACGCGGCUCGGGACACAGCAUGUAAUUCUCCUGAACACGCUUGACCAGUCGUUGGAAGGCGUCGUCGACUACGAAGAUGAUGUCGCUGAGCUUAUUGAAAACCCUCGAGGGCCAUUGUGGAGAGAUCCUGUGUUCCAGAAGAAGCUGGCCAAAAAGCUCGAUCGUAACUACGACGCCUUUAUUAGGACGAUGACAGAGCUGUCAGCUUCGUUAGAGCACUUGUCGAAAAAACUCGGUCUCGAAGCUGGGACCCCCUUGAAGAUAACCUGGGACGACGCAACAGUUGUCGAACGGGAGAUCAAGAAGCUCAAAGAUGUCUUCUCGAAAUCCGUGUAUGAAGAUUUGCUCAAAAAUAUCGAAAAGGCCAACGCAUCGCUUAAGACUCUUGUCGAACAAUCGCACCACCUCCAGGAAAGUCGGCGAAAGCAUGGAAUAUCCAAGAAGCCGUUAUUGAAGCACAGGGCAGCAAGGAAACACGCCAUCAACCUUUACAACGCCGUUGUGCGAGGGAAAUACUGGAAAUGCCCAUGCAGAGAUUCUCACUGCGUACAUCUUCGCGUAGAGCCGCGGGCCUUGGACACCAACGACGACUUUGAAACAAAGCGAGCCAUGCCAAAGCUGCGGAUAGCCUUCAGUACAAAGACGCUUACCUCGGAAACUAUCCCAGCGUGGCAUUGGUAUGAAGUCGAGACGAUUCCAAUGCAGUUGGACACGCCCACCGUGCCGGAAAAGCCUUCGUCAAUCCACUCCACCACUCUACAAACGGCCGCUGGAGCAAAAGUCCAGUUUGCGCUUGCCGUGUCGUCCUUGAACAGUGUGCCAUGGCCCAAAAUCCCUCCAUCUCUGCCGAUUUCAGACAUGUGCUCCACUCUAUGCAAAGCGAAAACCGACCAACUCAUCAAGGAAUACCUUGGUUCCAUCUCGGAUGAGAACGAUCUCUCUUAUCGAUAUUACCUCUACCUCGUGGAAAAACUUGACAACAGUAUGGAGACGCAGUCUUUGGAGGAGAUGUUAAGUUCUUCCAUGAAUCCUAUGGGGACUCGCAUGUCCCGCGCAAGCUAUGUGUUUAGCAGACGAGAUCGGUUGUUCCUGCCAGCGACUCUUGCCUCAACAGUGCUUCGAUUCCAUGGAAGCUGGCUCAAACCCGAAUGGAGGAGCCGGGAUAUCCUGUUCCCAAAACCGACAGACAACAGCAAACCCUUGAUCGAACAACCUUACCUCUCCGGUCAUGAGAUAACCACCUCCGCGACCACAGCGCCGAUAUCAAGGUCCACGACGACGACGCUCAUUCGCAAUGAUGUCCUGUUUCCCCUCGGCCUUGCAUUGAUUGAGCUCUCUCUUUGCCAGACCAUUUCCUCUUUGAGAGCCGCCGAAGACGACGACUGCGUAGAAGCAAACGCCAACCUAAAGACCGCCUCGAGGGUCCUUGACCACGUCUACUCGGAGAGCGGCGGUCGCUAUGGCGAUGUAGUGGCUAAGUGCCUCUUUUGGUCGGAGACGAGGAUCUCCAAAAUCGACGAGGAGUUUCAACAGCUGGUCUUCCAGAAUAUAGUCUCGCCGCUUUUGGAAGAUCUUAAGGAUUUUGAAGGGAAAUCUCGUAUUCGUUGA